AUGUACAUGUGUUGUAACCUUGCGGAGCCGAUCAAGGAGUGGGGCGCCAGCAACGCGGAGAACAAGGCGAACUACGGCGGCACCAGCGCCUUCAACCUCAAGAAGCCGGGGAUGCAGCAGGAGCUUCUGGCGCUCUGCAGCGCGCCAGAUUUGGGGAAUGACGCGGCGGCCACGCGCUGCUCCACCAGAGAAUGCCUGGUGCGCGGCUCCCCCUUGGCUGAUCGCUGCACUGCAGAAACUGACGGCUGGGAGCUGCACGGAUUCUUCGUGCGGGAGACAGAGACCUGUGUGACGGGGCGCUACUGUUGGAUGGAGGACUUCAAGUAUUUCUGGGCCUACAAACAAGGCAACUGCCAGAAGCGUUUGACCACCUCGGCUGCCUGCGUGGCCGAUACAGGAUGCCGCUGGUCCACCAGCAACAACAUCUGUUACAGCGCCACGAGCCCCGACAGUUAUCCCUCCACUGGUCUGGAUGAAGACACCUUCCUGUCCUUGCUGACGAAUGUGUCCGCAGAGGAUCAAUCCGUGACGGAGUUCGAGAAGUACAUGCAGGACAAGUAUUCGUACCUUCGCACGCGCAACCGACGCUACGAGGCGGACUUCCACGCCAGGUACACCGGGGUCAGGCUCAAUGGCCUGAAGACCCAGGUGAUGUUCUCGUGGAUCAGCUUCAACGCCACCUUCCCUCGGGAAAACACGGUGGACGAGGCCAACGUCUGGUACAACCGCUGGCAAGCGUUCAAGGACACACAUGCGCCCAACAUUGGAGGCUACCAAACGACCGACCUCUACCUCUUCCUGGUGACACAGAACGAGAUGGUCAAGGCCGCCACGAUGGGAAUCUGCCUGUCCUUGUUGGUGGCCUUCAUCGUGCUGUUGGCCACCACCUGCAAUUGGUGGUCCUCCUCGUUGGGUUUGGUGUGCAUCGUCUGCAUCACCGCCACCUUCCUGGGUAUUGUGCCAUUGUUGGGCUGGAGCUUGGGCGAGAACGAGUGCAUCUUCAUGAUCGCCACCGUGGGCUUGUCCGUGGACUACACGGUCCACUUGCUUCAUGCCUAUGACAACGCUCCGGUGUCCGCCCGAACGGCCCGUGCGCACGCAGCCUUGGAGGAGAUGGGCAUUUCUGUGGCGAACUCGGCCAUCACCACACUCUUUGCCGCCGCCAUGCUGUUCGCCUGCGGUUUCUACUUCUUCUUCCAGUUUGGCGGCUUUAUCUUCAUGGUCAUCGGACUUUCGAUCUUGAUGUCCACCAACUUCCUGAUGCCUCUGAUGAUGUUGGUGGGCCCUGAGGGCGAUCAGGGCAAGAUGUUGCGAAGGAGGAAGAUCGGUAGCACCGAGUGAGCCCGGUCAGCAAUAGCUUCGGUACUGGUGACGGCUGGGAUGAGCAGAUUUUUCAAUGGCCAUGCUGGC